AUGGCCCCGAUCACUGACUGUUUAAAAAAGAGCAAAUUCCAUUGGGGAGAUGAAGCUUCGGCCAGUUUUGCUCUUACAAAAGAAAAGCUCUCCACGGCGCCGAUAUUGAUGCUCCCUGAUUUUGAGAAAGUGUUCGAGCUGGACUGUGAUGCUUCCGGCGUCGGGAUUGGCGCUGUCCUUUCCCAAGAAGAUUAUGCAUUCCUCGUGGUUCCUUGCGUGAACAACUCAUUCGAGAGCUUCAUGGUGGUGGGAGGUUGGUCGCAAUCCUUCGGCACGUUGACGGAUGGCAAGAACGUGACGUACCUGACGUUCGCCGCCGUGCGCGGGGCGGCUCACGAGGUCCCGUUCACAUCUCCUUCUCAGGCGCUCGCGUUGUUCCGAUCAUUCCUGAGCGGAUCUCCUCUUCCGAGGCCUCGAGACUGA